CGCGUCCUGCCUGGCCCCGUGCGCCUCGUGGCGCAGCUGAACGAGCAGCGCAGCGCCGAGCGCCGCCCGCCGCAGCCCGUCCGCAGCCUCCGGGAUCCCUUCGACCCCGGCGCCUUCAACUUCACCCGGCUGCGCCCCGCCGAGCUGCUGCUCCGCCUGCGCCGCGCCGGGGGCCCGGGGCCGCCGCCAGACCCGCUGCUGGUGGCCAUCAACGCCAGCCCGCUGGAGCGGGGACACGUCCUGCUGCUGCCGGAGCCGGCGCGGCGGCUGCCGCAGGCGCUGACGGCCCCGGCGCUGCACGGGGCGCUGGAAGCGGCGCUGCUCAGCGCCCACCCGGGAUUCUGCGUGGGCUUCAAUGGGCUGGGCGGCGGAGCCUCGGUGAACCACCUGCACCUUCACGGGCUCUACCUAAACCGCCCGCUGCCGCUGGAGACGGCGCCGGCCGAGUCGCUGGGGUCGCGCCUGGGGCUGCUCCGCGCCGGACCCGCCCCCGCCUUCCUCUUCUUCGCCGCCGGCCCCGCGGCGCUGGAGCCGGUGUCGCGGGCCGUGUGCCGGGCAGCAGAGCACCUGGGCGCCGCUGGGCUGGCCUGUAACGUGCUGGCCACGCGGGGCGAUCCGCCGGCGGGGCCCGGCGCCGGCAGCGGUCGCGGCCUGCGUGUGCUGCUGUGGGCGCGCCCGCCCCGCUUCGGCCCCAAGGCGGGCGAGCCCUUCGCCGUGGCGCUGUGCGAGCUGGCAGGGUUCCUGCCGCUGCCCGCCGCGCCGCUCUAUCUCCACAUCACCGAGGCACAGGCCCUUAGCGCCAUCCGCCAGCACCUACUGCCCGAGGCUGAGCUGCUGCGCCUCGGCGGAGAGCUGGCGCGGCUGCUGGAGAGCUGACGGCACCGGCACGGCUGUGGCAGCGCUGGUGGCAGCGGCGGGGGUUGUGGUGCCGCCCGCCAGGGGCCGCUGUGCAGCGGAGGACUGCGGAACUGGCAGCCACGCGCC